UAAUUGGAUAUAAGUUUUAGAUUUUAUCUCCUAGAUUUGAGUUUUGGGGACAAAACUCCUUUUUAGGAGGGGUGGAUGUAAUAUCCCCAAAUUUUCUAAGAUAUUUAAAGGUGAGUCAUGGACUUAAUUGUGAGAGAAUAAUGUUGUUGGCCUUAAUAAUAGAAACUUUCAAAGUUCAGGGACUUAGAAGAAAGGAAAUAGGAUAAGGAUUGACUGAUUUCUUUUCCUCUUUUCUUCUUCCCACGCGUGUCCUGCUCUUCCUCUUCCUCCCGACCCUCUGCAACCCGACGAGCUCCCCAGCUACAGCCACCCAUUUCCGGCCGGGAACGCGGGUAAAACUUGGAGAUUUCUCCUCCUUUUCUUGUUCUAGAACACCUAUUAAGCCCAGAAUUUUCUAGAUUUGGUCUGCUCUUCCUCCCCUGUCCGCGAGCUACAGCUUGUGGUGUGAAUCUCUGCACUUUUUCCGUUCUCUGCGAAUCCCGCCCCUGCCAUACCCGCCAGAUCUGGUUCUGCUUGCUAGAAAAUUUCGGUACUUGAUUAUUCUGCACCCUAGCAGUUGGGAUUAGUGUUCUGGUUGGUGCGAUUUGAGGUAGUGAUACUCGACACAUGGGGAGUCGGGGGAAUGACGAGCUAGACGGCUAGGCAUUGUUUUAGACUUAGAUCUUUUGGAGUUAAGCCGCUAGUCUAACAUGGUUGACCUAAAUAACCAAUUUUGUGUACAAAGCUUCCUUGGUUAUAGCCAUGACCAUUUAUAAACUUUUGUAUAUCUGGAAUAGUAAAUUUUUGGACCCGAAACCGGCCCGGUCCUGAACAACCAAAGGUCAUUACUUGAACUCUUACUGGCAUUUUGGUAAUUGCAUCAAUAUCUUCAAGUCUGUGCGACAUUCCUCUCCUCUGUUCAUCUGUGUUAAUCAGAAAAGCUCAUCACUUCGGUGCCAUUGUAAUUGGUACGAUUUACCGGAGACAAGGAGGGAGAUGGCAUCAGGAUGGGGAAUCACGGGCAACAAAGGCUGGUGCUACGAUUUCUGGGUCGAUUUCAGCGAGUAUGGAUCUGGGUUUGAUAGAGGAAGACCCAGAUCUGGGUUUGCAGAAGUGAAAAGGAAAGGACUUCCAGUGACGAAGAAGAAGGCACAAGCUCUGGGUCUUUCCUUGGGUUUUCUCGAACAGCGAUUCGACAAAAUAGCAUCAUCGGAAAGGACUUUCGACGACGAAGAAGAAGGCACGAGCUCUGGGUCUUUCUCUGGGUUUUCUCGAACAGCGAUUCGGCAAAAUAGCAUCAUCGGAAAGGACUUCCAGCGAUGAAGAAGAAGGCACGAGCUUUGGUACAAGAUUCGGAGUUUGCAGAGUAUAAUCUAAGGACUUCCUCCUUGAUUCAGGCGUUGCAAACAGAUCUGUAAUUGCACCAAACCAGAAGUCCUUCUUCAGUCCGUGCUUGUACUCCGAACUGACCUGCAAAACCCCGAGAUGGAACUCGGGUAGACACUCUGAUGCUUAAAUCAGCAAUAAUCGGGGUUACCUUUA